AUGGUGCAUAAGGAGAGCCAGGCAGGGCCGGAGGAGCAGGAGAACAAGCUCAGCUCCAACCCUGCUGCCUCCACUGGGGCAUCGUUGGCACCGCAGGUGGCUUCUGCACCUGCAGAAGACAACUCAGCCAUGGUCGAGGGAGUGGCAGUGGCCGGGGCGGCGGGAUUGGCUCGGAGGUUCCUUUGUGGUGUGGUAGAAGGAUUUUAUGGAAGACCCUGGGUUAUGGAACAGAGAAAAGAACUGUUUAGAAGGCUUCAGAAAUGGGAAUUAAAUACAUACUUGUAUGCCCCAAAAGAUGACUACAAACAUAGGAUGUUUUGGCGAGAGCUAUAUUCAGUGGAGGAAGCUGAGCAACUUAUGGCUCUCAUCUCUGCUGCACGAGAAUAUAAGAUAGAGUUCAUCUAUGCUAUCUCACCUGGAUUGGAUAUUACCUUUUCUAACCCCAAAGAAGUAUAUACAUUGAAACGUAAGCUAGACCAGGUUUGUCAGUUUGGGUGCAGGUCAUUUGCUUUGCUUUUUGAUGAUAUUGACCAUAAUAUGUGUGCAGCAGACCAAGAGGUAUUCAGUUCUUUUGCUCAUGCCCAGGUCUAUAUCACAAAUGAAAUUUAUCAGUACCUAGGAGAGCCAGAAACUUUCCUCUUCUGUCCCACAGAAUAUUGUGGCACUUUCUGUUAUCCAAAUGUGUUUCAGUCUCCUUAUUUAAGGACUGUAGGUGAAAAGCUUCUACCUGGAAUUGAGGUGCUUUGGACAGGUCCCAAAGUUAUUUCUAAAGAAAUUCCAGUAGAGUCCAUUGAAGAGGUUUCUAAGAUUAUUAAGAGAGCUCCAGUAAUCUGGGAUAACAUUCAUGCUAAUGACUAUGAUCAGAAGAGACUAUUUCUGGGCCCAUACAAAGGAAGAUCCACAGAACUCAUCCCACGAUUAAAAGGAGUCCUUACUAAUCCAAAUUGUGAAUUUGAAGCCAACUAUGUUGCUAUCCACACCCUUGCCACUUGGUACAAAUCAAACAUGAAUGGAGUAAGAAAAGAUAGAGUGAUGGAUAGUGAAGAUAGUACUGUGUCAAUCCAGAUGAAGUUAGAAAAUGAAGGCAGUAAUGAAGAUAUUGAAACUGAUGUGUUCUAUAGUGCACAGAUAGCUCUAAAACUAGCUUUAACAGAAUGGUUGCAGGAGUUUGGUGUACCUCAUCAGUAUAGCAGUAGCCAAGUUGUAAAAAGUGAAGCAAGUGUAGGUGAUGGGACUCUCCAAGUUGCAGUACCCUCUUUAAAUGCCACACUGGUAGAAACAACAGUUUACCAGGAUCCCAUUAUGAGCCAGGGAGCAGCCUUGGGUGGUGAACCUGCAGCUUUGACCAAGGAAAAAGACAAGAAACAACCUGAUGAAGAACCCAUGGACAUGGUGGUAGAGAAACAGGAAGAAACAGCCCACAAGAAUGACAAUCAAAUAUUGAGUGACAUUGUGGGAGCUAAAGUGGCAGAGGAAUGGAAACCAAUGGACACUGAUAAAGAGAGCAUAUCUGAAUCAAAAUCCUCAGAGACUUCUAUGCAGGAAGAUUGCAUUAAUGAUGUUGCCCCUAUGCAAAUUGAUGAGCAGACACACAAGGAACAGUUUGUGCCAGGUCCAAACGAAAAGUUAUUUUACACCAUAGAACCAGUGACUUCGGAGGAUUUGCAGUUACUUGCUGAUCUGUUCUACCUUCCUUAUGAGCAUGGACCGAAAGGAACACAGAUGUUACGGGAAUUCCGGUGGCUUAGAGCAAAUAGCAAUGUUGUCAGUACCAAUUACAAAGGAAAAGAUUCUGAAAAAAUUGAAGAAUGGCGGUCACGAGCAGCCAAGUUUGAAGAGAUGUGUGGACUAGUGAUGCGGAUGUUCACUCGGUUCUCCAACUGUGCCAACAGGAAGAUCCUUUAUGACAUGUACUCCUAUGUUUGGGAUAUCAAGAGCAUAAUGUCUGUAGUAAAGUCUUUUGUACAAUGGUUAGGGUGUCGUAGUCAUUCUUCAGCCCAGUUCUUAAUUGAAGACCAAGAACCCUGGUCCUUCAAAGGUGGUCUAGCAGGCGAGUUCCAGCAUUUGCUGCCAAUUGAUGGGGCAAAUGAUCUCUUUUUUCAGCCACCCCCACCAAUUCCUACCUCCAAAGUUUAUACUAUCAGACCAUAUUUUCCUAAAGAUGAGGCUUCCGUGUACAAGAUUUGCAGAGAAAUGUAUAACAGUGGAGUGGGUUUACCUUUUCAAAGUCAGCCUGACCUUAUUGGAGACAAGUUAGUAGGAGGGCUACUUGCUCUGAGCCUGGAUUACUGCUUUGUCCUAGAAGAUGAAGAUAACGUAUGUGGUUAUGCCCUGGGCACUGUAGAUGUGACACCCUUUAUUAAGAAAUAUAAAAGUUCCUGGAUUCCCUUCAUGCAACAAAAGUAUGCCAAGCCAACUGGUGACAAAGAACUCUCUGAGGCUGAGAAAAUAAUGUUGAGUUUCCAUGAAGAACAAGAAAUGUUGCCAGAAACUUUCCUUGCCAACUUCCCUUCUCUGAUAAAGAUGGAUAUUCACAGAAAAGUAACUGACCCAAGCGUGGCUAAAAGCAUGAUGGCCUGCCUCCUGUCUUCGCUGAAGGCUAAUGGCUCCUGGGGAGCUUUCUGUGAAGUGAGACCAGAUGAUACAAGAAUUCUGGAAUUUUACAGCAAGUUAGGCUAUUUUGAAAUUGCAAAAACAGAAGGAUUUCCAAAGGAUGUGGUUAUACUUGGUCGGAGCCUAUAA